UCAUCAUACUUAAUGUAAUAUAAUUUAAAAUCAUGCUUGUGACUAUUGCACUCGUCAGAGAUAUUUACUGCAAUAUACUUUAAGCCCAUAGAAUGUAAUAAAAAUGUGCAAUUAGUUAAUGCAUUACGUAAAUAAAACAAUAGCUCUGUAGAAACUUAAACAGAUUUUCAAAUCUGGAGAAACUGUCAAAACUGAACAGGUUGAGGUGAAGCGGCUGUUCAACAAUAACAGUCACUUCACCUCAGUCGGACAUUUGCUCCGGUAAGUGACGGAUCUAUUUUCAACGGGAGGUUGGACCGAUACAGGAGCGUCACACAGAAAGCAAAGACACUGGGGGAUAAAACACACUGUCCUCCCCUUCUACAGUUCACGGAAUUUACCUGUUUUCACGAGGAUAUUUUCACAUGCCAACAUCGGAUAUUUAUGAACAUCUCCAUCGGAUAUCAGUAGCUUGAGGAGAAAAAGAAAGCAGGAAUGGAUCAGAAUCUGUUUGGUGGGGCUCCACGCUUCCUAACUCGACCCAAGGCCUUCUCGCUGUGCGUGGGACGCGAUGCCUCCCUCAGCUGCACAAUUGUGGGAAACCCCGUUCCUGUGGUCACCUGGGAGAAAGAAAAGAUGCGUCUUUCUGCAGGUGGACGCUUCAAAACAGUAGAAGAUGGUGACGUUUACCGACUUACCAUCUAUGAUCUGACUCUUGAAGACAGCGGUCAGUACAUGUGUCGUGCCAAGAACAACGUCGGAGAGGCAUACGCAGCUGUGACCCUGAAGGUGGGACUGCCGGAAACUGUGACUGAUCGGGCCCCAACGUUUACAGUAAAGCCUGUCUCCACCCGUGUGGGUCUAGGGGGUGAUGUUACCUUCUACUGCCGGGUGGCAGCCCAUCCAACACCCAACUUUGAUUGGGAAAAGGAUGGUCGCUACCUGGGUGAGACCAACCGCAUCAAGAUAACCUCAGAAAGUGACUCCAGCUCCUUGAGGAUCCAGAGCGUUAGGAGCUUGGACAGCGGUACCUACACCUGCCGUGCCCAGAACUCCAUCGGUCGCGCUCAGGCCGCUGCUGCUCUGGUGGUCGACCUUCAAGAUACUCGUCUCCUAAAUGCAGACAAGAGCACAUCCCUCCUCUCGCACAUGCAGAAGCGCAAACAAGAGAUGCGGAAGGACAUCUCCUUAUACCGCACCAUGGAAAGCUCCUCAGCUGCGCUUACAACUUCGUCUUCCAUGAUUACAGAGGAGCUUGGAAGCUUGGGACUUGCCUAUGAUCAACAGCAAAGGGUUUCGGCCUUAACCAGCAUGUUGCCCAAAGGUGUGUUCACCCGCACCUGCACGGUGACCGAGGGUAAACAUGCAAAGCUUAGCUGCUUCGUCACAGGCCAUCCCAAACCUCAGAUCAUCUGGAGGAAAGAUGGGGCGAACAUCAGCGAGGGUCGCAGACAUGUUAUGUAUGAGGACCAGGCUGAGAAUUUCAUCCUCAAGGUGCUCUACUGCAAGCAAAAUGAUAAUGGGCUGUACACCUGCAAUGCAUCCAACUUGGCUGGACAAACCUAUAGCGCUGUGCUAGUGAUUGUCAAAGAGCCACAAAUUCCCUUCAAAAAGAAGCUGCAGGAUGUCGAGGUUAAGGAAAAGGAAACCGCAACUUUGCAGUGUGAGGUGCCAGUGCCGAACACAAAGGCCAGCUGGUUUAUGGAGGAGACCCGUCUGGAGGAAAGUUCCAAGUACCGCAUGGAUGUGGAGGGGACCCUGCGCCGCCUUACUAUUCAUAAUGUCACCACCAAUGAUGAUGCCGUGUACAUCUGUGAGAUGAAGGAAGGCAGCCGCACUGUGGCCGAACUUACAGUGCUGGGCAACAUCACUAAAAAGCUGCCGAGGAGGACAGUGGUGCCGGUUAGCGAUACCGUGAUCUUCUGUGUGGAACUGGAGAAACCGGUAGAUGAUGCAUACUGGACCAGGAAUGGGGAGAGGCUGAAAGAGGACUCCCGAAUUAUUAUCGCCCGCAUUAACAGGCAGUACACACUGACCAUUCGUGAAUGUACUGCGGAGGACUCGGGCGAGGUGGCCUUCAUCGCCCGUGACUGCAAAACAUCCACCCGCUUCUCUGUCACAGCACCAAGGAAACAUCCUCCGGAUCCCCCAGUUGAGCCAGUGGUGCGGAACAAGACAGAUUCAUCGAUCACACUGUGCUGGUCUCCACCAGACAGCGAACGGCCUGUACCCAUCACCGGCUAUAUCGUGGAGCGCAGGAAGGUGGGAGCCCAAACCUGGGUUAAAGUCACUAGUACGACUGUGUCUAGAACUGAAUACACUAUCAGUGAAAUUCCAGAAGAGGCAAGCUAUCAGUUCCGUAUCUCAGCGGUCAAUGAUUUUGGCCAGAGUUCCUACUUGGAGGUUCCUGGAACGUUCUACCUUGAGCCCACAGCAUCAGUGAAGACAGCCCUGAUGAACGGCAGUGCACAUGUAGGUGAAGAAGCAACCUUCACUGUGGAUCUCUCAGCCGUAUGUUCUGGCUCUUGGACCAUAAAUGACAGAAUGAUCCGCAGCGGUUAUGAGUAUCUGAUCACACGCUCAAAGACCACACACACGCUGGUCAUCAGGGAGGUGUCCAUGGAACUAAAUGGAGCACAGAUCAAGUUUGUGGGUGGCGGAUCUCAAAGUGUUGCCACACUUAGUGUGAAAGCCGCACCUGCACGUUUCACCAACAAGUCUUCUCAGGUGGAGGUGUUUACUUUCAGCAUGCACUCCUCUGCUCAGAUGUACACAGAAGUAUCCGAUUCAAGUGUCCAGGUUGUUUGGAUGAAGAAUGGGAAAGAGCUGAGGAUGGGUAAAAAAUAUGAAGCCAUAAGUGUGGACCGCAAACGUAUACUGACAGUCCACAACGUUGACAGUGAAGACGUGGGCAUCUAUGAAUGCGUGUGCGAUGGCGAUAAAAUGUCUGUCCAACUUUCCCUUAAAGAAGAACCAGCUAAGUUUGUUAACAAGCCGAGGGCUCAGCCCCAGGAGAGUGAUGCUCUGGUGGGCGACGUGGUGUUGAGAUGUGAGGUUGCUUCUCCUGGAACUGCUGUUGUGUGGAAGAAAGAACAGACAGAAAUAAUGGAGGACAAGAGGACAACUUUUAUAUCUCAGGGGACACAAAGGAAGCUGGUCAUCAGGGGUGCCAAGCAGAGCGAUGAAGGACACUACUCGUGUGAGACGGCAGAGGACAAAAUGACAUUCCUGGUCAAGAUAAAAGAAACUCGUGCUGCUUUCUCCAACAAAGACUCCUAUCAGAAGGAGGUGAAGGUUUCAACCUCCCAGAAGGCUACACUGAGCUGUGAAGUCUCUGAUGCCAAAACUGAAGUGAAAUGGUUCAAGGAUGGCAAGCAGUUGAUUUCCAGUAAGACCGUUCACGUGGAGUCAAAAGGCAAGAGCCGUCAGCUGGUGCUGGAGAAUGUGGAAAUGAAGGAUGCUGGAGAAUAUACCUGUGAAGCUGGAAAUGAAAAGUUGGUCUUUAAGAUUCGGGUGGAAGACAUUCAAGCCGCCUUCUCCAGCAAGGACUCCUACCAGAAGGAGGUCAAAGUAGCAGUUUCCCAGAAGGCCACACUGAGCUGUGAGGUCUCUGACCCCAAGACAGAGGUGAAAUGGUUCAAGGAUGGUAAGCAGUUGAGCUCCAGUAAGACCAUCCACAUGGAGUCAAAGGGCAAGAGCCGUCAGCUAGUGCUGGAGAAUGUGGAAAAAAGGGAUGCUGGAGAAUAUACCUGUGAAGUUGGAAAUGAAAAGCUGGUCUUUAAGAUUCGGGUGGAAGACAUUCAAGCCACCUUCUCCAACAAAGACUCUUAUCAGAAGGAAGUGAAGGUUUCAGCCUCACAGAAAGCCACACUGAGCUGUGAAGUUUCUGAUGUCAAGACUGAGGUGAAAUGGUUCAAGGAUGGCAAGCAGUUAAGCUCCAGUAAGACUGUAUACAUGGAGUCAAAGGGCAAGAGCCGGCAACUGGUGCUGGAGAAUGUGGAGAAGAAAGAUGCUGGGGAAUAUACCUGCGAAGCUGGAAAUGAGAAACUUGCCUUUAAAAUUCAAGUGACAGACAUUCAAGCUGCCUUCACCAACAAGGACUCCUAUCAGAAGGAAGUCAAAGUAACAGCUUCACAAAAAGCCACACUGAGCUGUGAAGUUUCUGACCUUAAGACCGAGGUGAAAUGGUUCAAGGAUGGCAAGCAAUUGAGCUCCAGUAGGACCGUCCACAUGGAGUCAAAAGGCAAGAGCCGUCAGCUAGUGCUAGAGAAUGUGGAGAAGAAGGAUGUUGGAGAAUACACCUGUGAGGUCGGAAAUGAGAAACUUGCCUUUAAAAUUCAGGUGACAGAUAUUCAAGCUGCCUUCUCCAACAAGGACUCCUACCAGAAGGAAGUCAAAGUAGCUACUUCUCAAAAAGCCACACUGAGCUGUGAAGUUUCUGACCUCAAGACUGAAGUGAAAUGGUUCAAGGAUGGCAAGCAAUUGAGCUCAAGUAAGACUCUCCACAUGGAGUCAAAGGGCAAGAGCCGUCAGCUGGUGCUGGAGAAUGUGGAGAAGAAGGAUGCUGGAGAAUACACCUGUGAGGUCGGAAACGAGAAAAUUGGCUUUAAAAUUCAAGUGACAGAUAUUCAAGCCGCCUUCUCCAACAAGGAUUCCUACCAGAAGGAAGUCAAAGUAGCUGCUUCCCAAAAAGCCACACUAAGCUGUGAGGUUUCUGACACCAAAACUGAGGUGAAAUGGUUUAAGGAUGGCAAGCAGCUGAGCUCCAGUAAGACCAUCCACAUGGAGUCAAAGGGCAAGAGCCGCCAGCUGGUGCUGGAGAAUGUGGAGAAGAAGGAUGCUGGAGAAUACAUCUGUGAAGCUGGGAACGAAAAGCUGCCAUUUAAGAUUCAGGUGACAGAGCUCAAAGCUGCCUUUACCAACAAAGACUCCUAUCAGAAGGAAGUAAAGGUUUUAGCCUCCCAAAAAGCCACACUGAGCUGUGAAGUUUCUGACCUCAAGACUGAGGUGAAAUGGUUCAAGAAUGGCAAGCAGUUAAGCUCCAGUAAGACUGUCCACAUGGAGUCAAAGGGCAAGAUCCGUCAACUGGUGCUGGAUAAUGUGGAGAAGAAGGAUGCUGGAGAAUACACCUGUGAAGUUGGGAAUGAAAAACUUCUCUUCAAGCUUCAGAUGGAAGAUGUUUCUACCAAAUUCCAGAAGACAUCCGUGACAAAAGAAACCAUGAUGGUCGAGUCAACAGAAAAGGUGGUUUUAAAAACCGAGGUGAUGUCAGAGAAUUGUAGUGUUAAGUGGUUCAGGGAUGGAGUAGAACUGAAAGACGGAUCGAAGUAUGAGAUGAAACAGGAAGGUUGCUCACGUAUCCUCAUCGUUAAGUCCUCUGAAUCUAAAGAUGCUGGCACCUACUCUUGUCAGACGGCUGAUGACAAGGUGGAGUUCAAAGUUCAGGUCAAAGAUGUACCUUUAAAGUUUGUGGUGCCAUUGCAGCCAUUGUCUGCAGUACUAGAAAGCACCAUGACACUUUCCUGCAGUCUCAACAAAGCAACAAGUAAUGUCCUUUGGAAGCAUAAUGGCAAAGAAAUCAAACCAGGUGGCAGAUUCAGCAUCCGCACUGAUGGCACCAACUGCAUCUUAACUGUAUCCGCUGUGGCUCAGGAGGAUGAAGGGGAAUACAGCUGCGAAUGCAAAGAUGACAAGACCUCCACCAAAGUCACUACUAAAGCCCCACGUCUGGUGAGGUUCACUACAAAACUGAACAAUGUUGUUGCAAAUGAAGGCAAAGAGGCCAUCUUUAAAUGCUCCAUCACACCAGCCGAUGUGAGCGUCAGAUGGCUGCGUAAUGACGUUCCAAUAACAGCAAGUCCCAAAUUUAAGAUCGCUCAUGGAGGAAGCAGCCAUUCCCUCACCAUCACAGCUGUCACUCUGGAGGAUGCAGGAGAGAUCACUAUUGAUGCCGAGGGAAAACUGUGCAAAGCCACUCUCCAAGUACAACAGCUUCCAGUCACAUUCAAGAAGAAGCUUGCAGAUAUGACUGUGACUGAGCAGGACACCGUUCGUUUGGAAGUGGAGCUGAGUAAACCCUCAAAAGAUGUGAAGUGGAUGAAGAACGGUGUGGUACUACAGCAAGGAGAAAAUAUGGGAAUCCAGGUGGAUGGUGCCAAGCAGGCUUUGGUCUUCAAGAGUGUGGCGUAUGCCGACAGAGGACAUUACUCAUGUGAAACUCUAGAUGACAAGACCCAGGCCAAACUGACAGUAGAGAUUAAGAAGAUUCAAAUAGUAAAAGGCCUAAAAGAGACGAAAGUGCAAGAAAAGGAGACCAUCACUAUGGAGGUGGAACUCAGCAAGGCUGAUGUAGAAGGUUCCUGGAACAAAGAUGGAAAGAAACUAAAGGCAGGACCCAAUAUCAUCAUUACAGCACAGGGCAACAAGCACUGCUUGACUAUGUCCCAGCUGAAGAUAAGUGAUGGUGGAACUAUUACUUUCCAAGCUGAGGAUGUCCAUACUUCUGGCAAACUAAUUGUUACAGAGCCUGCUGCGAAGAUCCUCAAACCUCUACGGGAUAUCAGUUCUCCUGAAAAGGAGAAAGUCACUUUUGAAUGUGAGGUGUCAAGAGCAAAUGCUGAGGUCAAGUGGUUUAAGGAUGAUGAGGAACUAAAGCCAGGAAAGAAAUUUGGCAUCCAUUCCCAGGCAAACAAGCGCACUCUCAUUAUCCAAAAGUGUGCAUAUGAAGACCAGGGCCAGUAUGUAUGUAGAACAUCCGAUGACAAUACUUCAGCCAAGCUCACUGUUCACGCCAGAGAUAUUAAAAUAGUGAAGCCGCUGCAAGAUGUGCAGGUGACAGAGAAGGAGAGUGCAUCGUUUGUCUGUGAGGUCUCUCACGAUGAAGUCGAGGCUCAGUGGCACAAAGGAGAUGCUAAACUCAAAGCCGGAGACAAUAUAAAGACAAGGCAAGAGGGAAGAACAUACGUUCUACUUUUCAAAUCUGUAAAGGCUGAGGACGCAGGUGAAAUCAAGUUCACAGCUGAGAAGGCCUCUUCAACCGCUAAACUGAAGGUUAAAGAACUGCCUGUCAGAUUUGUGAAGAAACUGAGAGACAAAAUCGCCAUGUACAAACACCGCGCAUACUUAGAGUGUCAGGUGUCACGGGCCAACGCUAAAGUCACAUGGUACAAGAACAAGUCAGAGAUCAAACCCAGCAAGAAGCACGAGAUCACCAGUGAGGACAUCUACAGGAAGCUCACCAUCGUCGAUGUGGAUUCUGAUGAUGAGGAUACGUACAUGUGUGACGCCGUUGAUGAUAAGACUUCGUGUCAGCUACUAGUAGAGGAGCAAGCUAUCAGCAUAGUACGGGAGCUGAGUUCUGUGGAGGUGACUGAGCCGUUUGCUGCCCACUUUGAGGUGGAAGUCAGCGUGGAGACAGUCAAGCCAGUGAAGUGGACACUAAAUGGCGAACAGCUGAAGGAGAGUGCAGAUAUCGAGAUGGAGAAAGAGGGAACCAUGCACCGCCUCACUUUUAAGAAGACCAAGGCCUCCAUGUCAGGCCCGGUACAGUUCACCGCUGGAAAGAGCAAAUCAACAGCCGAGCUCAAAGUGAAAGAGCGUCCCAUUGAAGUCCUGGAGCCUCUCAAAGACAUGUCUGCCAAGGAGAAGACUUCCACCACACUAUCCUGCAAGUUCACUGCCCCACCAAAAGAAGUACGGUGGUUUAAGGGUCAAACCGCUUUGGAGGCUUCUAGCAAGUACAGCAUGAAGCAAAAGGACGCCAAUGUGCAGCUGGUCAUACAAGCUUUGAGUGCAGAGGACUCUGGAGAGUAUCGCUGUCAGGUCGGGGCCUGUGAGAGCAAAGCCGUUCUCAAAGUAGAAGUGCGUAAAAUCCAGAUCACCAAACAUCUCAAAGACGUGGAAGUGGAUGAAGAUGGCGAUGCUGUGUUCACCUGCGAGGUUAACUAUGCUGACGAAGAGGUCCAGUGGACACUUAAUGACAAGUUGCUCUUCAAUAAUGAGGUCAAUGCUAUCACCCAUGUGGAUAAGACCCAUACGCUCACCCUCAAGAACCUUGCACCUGAGGAUGGUGGGAAGGUGUCAUUCAGCAUCAGGGAUGUAAAAGAAACAGUCUCCCUAAAGGUCAAAGAGAAGAAAGCCAUCUUCCUGAAGUUGCUGGAUGAUGUAGUUGCAGAGGAGAAGGGUACAGUUACACUUAAGUGUGAAGCCUCAAAGCCCAGAGUGGCCCCUGUGUGGCACAAAGAUGGUACAGUCCUGUCACCAGGCAAAAAGUAUGAGCUCCUCCAUGAUGGUAAGACCUUGGGACUUACUAUCCAUGAUGUCACGCAAGCUGAUGCCGGGGAGUACAGCUGUGAUCUUGGCACAGACCUCUCCAAAUCCAAGGUCACUGUUAGAGAUAUCCACAUUGGCAUCACCAAGCGUCUUAAGUCAGUAGAGGCCAAAGCAGGUGAAAACUGCACAUUUGAGUGUAUCUUGUCCCGAGAAAGUUCAGAGAAGUGCACCUGGAGCCUAAAAGGCCAACCUGUCACUGAUGGAGGCCGUUUCCAGAUAAGCAGACAAGGGCGCAAGUAUGCCUUAACAAUCAAAGCCGUCUCAGCUUCUGAUUCCGGUGAGGUGGUCUUCGCUCUCAAGGAUUUGAGCGCAAAGGCACAACUUACUGUGGAGGGUGAAGCUCCUAAGGUAUCUAAAGAGCUUCAGGGUGUCAGUGCCAAAAUUGGUGAAGAUGCCACAUUCUCCUGUGAGCUUUCUCAAUCCGGACUGGACGUCAAGUGGUCAAAGGAUGGCAAGUCUAUCAGAAAAAGCCAGAAAUAUGAAAUCAGUCAAGAGAAGACUCUUGUAAAGCUGACAAUCCGUAACGUCAAUGAAAAAGACUCUGGGGAAUACAGCUGUGAGAUCACCGGUGGUCCAACCUCCAAGGCUAAACUGGAGAUCAAAGAACUGGCCAACAAAUUCAUUCGUGAGCUAAAGGAUACCACUGCAGAAGAGAAGAGUGCUGUCGCCUUUGAAUGUGAGACAGCCCAACCUGCCUCUAAAGUCACCUGGCUGAAAGGAACAAAGGAGAUCAAGGCUGGAGGAAGGUAUGAGCUUACGCAAAAGGGAACCGUCCUCAUCCUCAAAGUGAAGGAUCUGGAGAAGAAUGACAGCGAGGCAUACACCUGUGACAUUGGCUCAACGAAGAGUACAGCCAAACUGACAGUGAAAGUGGUACCUGCUAGGUUUAAGGAGAAGAUGAAGAACCAGCAGGUUACUGAAGGUGGGAAAGUCUUACUUUCCUGUGAGCUCUCAAAACCUGGCUGCCAAGUGCAAUGGAAGAAGGGAACCGAAAGUUUGAAACAUGGGGGAAGAUAUCAGAUAACACAGAGGGACAUCAUGUGUGAGCUACAGAUUUCAGAUUUAGUGCCUGAGGACAGUGGAGAAUAUUCCUGUGAAUGUGGAAGCGAAAAAACAACAGCGAAUGUUGUUGUCAGUGCAUUACCGACGGUCUUCAAACGUGAGCUACAAAGCCAAGAAUGUGAUGAAGGAGACAGCGUUACUCUUCACUGUGAACUCUCAAAGCCUGGAGUUCCUGUUGUCUGGAAGAAAGGAACACAGGUGAUUAGUUCUGGGGAAAAGUACCUCAUCAAGCAAGAUGGUGCUACUGUUGAGUUGAAGAUCGCUGACCUCAGAACUGAAGAUGCUGGACAAUACACUUGCUUGUGUGGGGACAAAAAGACUACAGCAAACAUUAAGAUCAAGGCAUUGAUCUUCAAACGAGAACUACAAAGCCAGGAGUGUCAAGAGGCAGACAGUGUUACUCUUCAGUGUGAGCUCUCCAAACCAGGAGUUCCUGUCGUUUGGAGGAAAGGAACGCAAGUGAUUCAUUCUGGAGAGAAAUACCACAUCAAACAAGUUGGUUCUGUUUUUGAGCUGAAGAUCACUGAUGUCAAACCUGAAGAUUCUGGAGUCUAUAGCUGUGAUUGUGGGUUUAACAAGACCUCAUCUACCAUUACCAUCAAUGCAUUACCAGUGGUCUUCACACAUGAGCUGCAAAACCUGGAGUGUGAUGAAGGAGGCAGUGCUACUCUGUCCUGCGAGCUUUCCAAACCUGGUGUCCCUGUGCAGUGGACAAAAGGAAGCCAUGUUAUCCAGUCUGGAGAAAAGUAUGUCAUCAGACAGGUUGCCUCCAAGGUGGAGCUGAAGAUCACAGAUCUCAAACCUGAAGAUGAAGGAGACUACACAUGUGUAUGUGGAGACAAGGCAACCACAGCCACUAUGAAGAUCAAGGUUCUGAAGGCCCAGACACCCUCAUACCUAGCAGGACUUCAAAAGCAGACUACUGAGCAGGGAGCAUCAAUAGGUGCUCUCCCAAUUCAUUUUACGGAAGCACUGCUAAACCAAGCGUGUGAUGAAGGUGGCAGUGUUACUCUGCGCUGUGAACUCUCAAAACAUGGAGUUCCUGUGGUUUGGAGGAAAGGAACACAGGUGAUCCAUUCUGGUGGAAAGUAUGUCAUCAAACAAGUUGGAGCUACGGUUGAGCUGAAGAUCACUGAUGUCAAACCUGAAGAUGCUGGAGACUAUGCUUGUGAUUGUGGAGACAACAUCACCACUGCUAACAUCAAAGUCAAUGCGUUACCAGUGGUCUUCAAACGUGAGCUACAGAACAAGGAUAUUCAGGAAGGGGAUAGCGUUACUUUGCACGGUGAACUCUCAAAACCUGGAGUUCCUGUGGUUUGGAGGAAAGGAAAAGAGGUGAUCACUUCUGAAGGAAAGUACCUCAUCAAACAAGUUAGCUCUACUGUUGAGCUGAAGAUCACUGAUGUCAAACCUGAAGAUUCUGGAAACUAUGUUUGUGAUUGCGGAGACAACAUCAGCACAGCUAGUAUUAAAGUCAAGGCUUUACCAGUGGUCUUCAAACAUGAGCUACAGAACCAAGAGAUUCAGGAAGGGGACAGUGUUACUUUGCGCUGUGAACUCUCCAAACCUGGAGUUCCUGUGGUUUGGAGGAAAGGAACACAGGUGAUCAGUUCUGGAGGAAAGUACAUCGUCAAGCAAGUUAGCUCUACUGUUGAGCUGAAGAUCACUGAUGUCAGACCUGAAGAUGCUGGAGAUUAUGUCUGUGAUUGUGGAGACAACAUCUGCACUGCUAACAUCAAAGUCAAUGCAUUACCAGUAGUCUUCAAGCGUGAGCUACAGAACCAAGUGAUUCGGGAAGGGGACAGUGUUACUUUGCACUGUGAACUCUCCAAACCUGGAGUUCCUGUGGUUUGGAGGAAAGGAACACAGGUGAUCAGUUCUGGAGGAAAGUACAUCAUCAAGCAAGUUAGCUCUACUGUUGAGCUGAAGAUCACUGAUGUCAAACCUGAAGAUGCUGGAGAUUAUGUCUGUGAUUGUGGAGACAACAUCUGCACUGCUAACAUCAAAGUCAAUGCUUUACCAGUGGUCUUCAAACAUGAGCUACAGAACCAAGAGAUUCAGGAAGGGGACAGUGUUACUUUGCGCUGUGAACUCUCCAAACCUGGAGUUCCUGUGGUUUGGAGGAAAGGAACACAGGUGAUCAGUUCUGGAGGAAAGUACAUCAUCAAACAAGUUGGCUCUACUGUUGAGCUGAAGAUCACUGAUGUCAAACCUGAAGACGCUGGAGAUUAUGUUUGUGAUUGUGGAGACAGCACGACAACUGCCAAAGUCAUGGUUAAUGCUCUUCCAGCCACUUUCACACAAGAGCUAAAAAAACAGACAGCUACUGAAGGAGAAAGCAUUAUCUUCCAGUGUGAGCUCUCCAAACCAGUUCCUGUGGUUUGGAGGAAAGGGACGCAGGUGAUCCAUUCUGGAGGAAAGUACCUCAUCAAGCAAGUUGGCUAUACUGUUGAGCUGAAGAUCAAUGAUGUCAAACCUGAAGAUGCUGGAGACUAUGCUUGUGAUUGUGGAGACAGCAUUACCACAGCCAAUGUCAAGGUUAAUGCACUUCCAGCCAUCUUCACACAAGCACUGAAGAACCAGACAGCUGUUGAGGGAGAGAGCAUCAGCUUCCAAUGUGAGCUCUCCAAAGCAGACAUUCCAGUUGAGUGGCGCAGGGGUGAAAUUGGCUUAUGCCCCUGUGCUAAAUAUGAAUUCAACCAAAAUGGCCACCGUGCCCAACUGGUCAUACAUGACCUUGAACCCGAAGACUCUGGUGACUAUAUUUGUGACACUGGAGAACGCCAAAGCAUUGCAUAUCUAGAAGUUAAGGCACUACCAGUUUGUUUCAAAUCAUCUCUGAAAGAUUUGGAAAGUGAAGCUGGGGAAAAUGCAGUGUUUCGAUGUGAACUUGACAAAGUUGGAGCCAAAGUCAUCUGGAGGAAAGACAAGAGUGUAAUAGAAGCAAGCAACAAGUAUCAGCUGAAGCAAGAUGGGACUGUUGCUGAGCUUACCAUUUACAAGCUGCAAGAAGGAGACGCUGGAGAGUACUGCUGUGAAACAGAACAUGAUCGGACAUCUGCCAAACUCUCUGUGAAGGAACCUGAAAUCACGAUCUUAACUGGCUUGAAGAGCUGCAUUGUCAAUGAAGGCGAGGACGUUCAUUUCGAAUGCCUUGUCUCUCAUGACAAUGCACUCAUUGUUCAGUGGACGCUGCAGGACGUUCCACUACAGAACAAUGAGAUGAAUGAAAUCCGAAUGGAAGGCAAAAGGCACACACUUACACUAAGAAGUGUCACCCAGAAAGACUCAGGCACGGUGUCCUUCCAUGUGGGUGCACACACUUCUUUUGCUUGUCUUACAGUCAGAGCAAUCCCUGUGCUAUCAUUUGUGAAGGAGUUAACAAGCCAGGAAGUCACAGAGGGAGGCAGUGCCUCAUUAUGUUGUGAAACUUCAAUUCCUGAUGCCAGUGUGACCUGGAAGAAGGGUACUCAGGUCCUAUCUGAUGGAAAGAAGUAUUCCAUAAAGAGGGAUGGCACCAUCCAAACCUUGGAAAUCCAUAAGCUAUCAGUGGACGAUGGUGGCGAGUACAUAUGCGAAGCAGGAGACAAACGAAGCAAAGCUACAUUGACCGUCAAAGAAUGUGUAAAAAUCACAAGAGAAUUAAAGGAUGUGACUGUGAUAACGGGCGAGGAUGCAAUCUUCCAGUGUGAGGUGUCCCAUACAGGGGUUACGAAUGUCGAGUGGUGGCUCGGCUCCAACCACCUUCAAAACAAUGACUUGAAUCAAAUCAGCUGCCGAGGGAGGGAACACAGCCUAGUGCUGAAAAUGGUCACACCCGAUGAUUCAGGUGAUGUAGCCUUUGUGGUUGGCCCUGAGAAGAGCGUCGCCUACUUGUUGGUGCAGGAGAAACCCAAAGUCGUAUUCUUAGAGAAGCCUCUGGACAUAACUGCCAAAGAGGGUCAAACAGUCACACUGUCCUGCAUGACUUCCGACCCUGAGGCCUCUGUCGCCUGGUACAAAGAUGAAGUGAUGAUAAAGGCAGGGGGACGGUAUCUGCUUUACAAGGAUAGAGCCGUCCAUCAGCUCCGCAUCCUUAGGGUGGAGGAAGGAGAUGCAGGGCUGUAUACAUGCAAAACCAAAGAUGCAGAAAGCUGCGCCACCCUUACUGUUAAAGGUCAACCUGCUUACUUCCGGAAGGAGUUAGAGAACCAGAAUUCAAUAGAGGGAGAUAGUAUCACAUUGCGCUGUGAGCUCUCUAAGCCGGUUAAAAAGGUAGAGUGGAGAAAGGGUGGAGUGGUGCUCCAACCCAGUAAGAAAUUUGAGAUGAAACAGGAAGGAUGUGUGCUGGAGCUCCAUGUCCAUGAUCUGGAACCAGAGGACAAUGGCUACUACACUUGUGAUGCUGGAGACCAGUUGACCACAGCAUCGGUCACUGUGCAAGAGGCUGAGGUUCUCAUAGUGUCGGGUAUAAAGAAUACAGAUGUGUUUGUGGGCGAACAGGCAAUUUUCUCCUGCCAGCUCUCUCGCCGUGCCAAAGGCAGAGUUCAGUGGUGGCUGGACGGCACUCGUUUGGAGAACAGUACCUUCAGUGAAAUAAGUGUGGGUGAAGACCAUGUCCACACUCUCACCUUAAGGAACCUUUCUCCCAAUGAUUCGGGUACAGUCCUGUUCAAAACAGGUGGCCUGACAUCCUCCGCCAAGCUGUUAGUAAAAGAUCCCAAGGUGGAGGUGGUCAGUGCCAUGGAGGACCAACAUGUAGAAGAAAACCAGCCUGCAGAGUUCAUCUGUCAGUACUCGCGGCCAGUUAAAGCUGUAUGGAAGCGAAACGGCAUACCUGUGCAAGCGGAUGGUCGCAGGGUGAUAGUGGAACAGGACUGGACUGUUGCGCGGUUGUACAUUAGCUGUGUGGAGCCCCAGGAUGGGGGGAUGUACUCCUGUGAGGCAGAAGGAACCUCUGUUGUGGCACAUCUCAGGGUGCAAGCUAAACCAAUUGACAUUCUCCAAGAGCUGAGUAACGUUGAGACUAUUAAUGGUGGGGAAGCACUUUUUGAAUGCUCCUUGUCCCGUCCUGAAACGAAAGACUGCCGGUGGUUAAUCGAUGGCAAGCCUGUAAAGGAGUCUGCAAAUGUGGAGAUUGUUUGCUUCGAGAGUGGCAGACGCCAUCUUCUGCUUUUAAAGGACUUGCAACCUUGUGAAAACACAAGGAUUACAUUCCAAGCCGGAACUUCAUCAACUACAGCUCUUCUGUCUGUCAAAGCUUGGCAACUGGAGGUGGCCAAGCCUUUGGAAGAUAAGACUGCCAUUGUAGGAGAACAAGUUGAGUUCACUUGUGUCUUGAAUGAAGCUGUGCCUGAGAGUGAAGUGACUUGGUAUGCAAAUGGUGUUGAGCUCAAACGUAAUGACCAAUGGGCAAUGAGAGCCAGUGGCUCUUCCUACAGCCUAAUUUUGAAGAAAGCCCAGCCUCAGCCCACACAAGAAAUCACAUUUGCAGCCCGGGAUGCCUUAUCAAUGGCCAAACUCAUCACAAUAUCUGUGCCUGAUCCACCUGAAGACCCCGAGUUGGUUAGUAAAGGCCCAACUUUCGUCACCUUGUCUUGGUUCACGCCCCUCAGUGAUGGAGGAAGCCCAAUCAUUGGUUACCGUGUGGAAAUGCGUCUAGUGGACAGUGUCCUCUGGCUGCCCUGCCACACAGAACCAGUGUGCAACACUGAGUUUCUGGUUGAAAACCUCAUACCAGGGGCAGGUUACAGGUUCAGAGUAGCAGCCAUUAACCGUGCUGGUAUUGGAGAACCUGUGCAGCUGCCUCAAACCGUGACGCUCGAUGCACCAGUGACCAUGACCAAAAUGUUAAGCAGCUCUAAGACCCAAAAAGGAAAGAUGGUUCGUUUGGAGUGUGAACUUUCUGCGGAGAGCAAAUCAGUCACAUGGCUCAAGGACAACAGAGAGAUAGAGGUUGGGGUCAAGUAUCAAAUGGUAACAGAAGGAAAGAGCGAAGUUUUGCUCAUUAAGGAUUUCCAGUCUACAGACCAAGGUGUAUAUUCUUGCGUAGCCUCAGAAGAAGCAAAGACUUCAAUCAACCUCAACCUCGAAGGAGAUGACACAACACUUUCUCAGGAUGCGGGCAGCCAACCUAAACUGCCUCCUGAGGCUGCUUCCGAAGGAGAUUUACAUGCUCUGUGGGAUGCAGUGGCCAAGAAGAGGAGAAUGAGUCGGGAACCUACAUUAGAUUCAAUUUCAGAGUUGCCAGAAGAAGAUGGUAAGGAAAAGGCCCAGAGCAAAGAAGGAAAAGCACCUGAAAUAGAAGUGAGACCUGCUGAGCCAACACCCAAGAUCACAGCAGAGCCUAAUCUCUAUACAAGUUCUGAUGAGGAAUCUCUCAGUGGGACAAGCUUGGUGUCUUACCUUAAGAAAAGCAGCAAGUCGUCUAUGACUGUGCAAAGCCACACUGAGACUAUUGCCUCCAAGAAACUCUAUGAGCACUUCCAGAUGACAGAGGACUCUGUUACGAAGACAUCUGUGGAGCCCCUCAUAGAAGAUCAGCAAGGAGAUGAGUUGCAGGAGGCUGCUGUCAAGAUUCAGGCAGCCUUCAAAGGUUAUAAAGCCAGGAGGGACAUGCGACCAGUCUUCAAAGAAGUAUUCAAGGAUCAGACUAAGGAGCCCAAUGGGACAAUUCAUCUUGAGUGCAUUGUGGAGGGUAAGCCAGAUAAAGUUCGCUGGCUGAAAGAUGGUGAAGCCUUAACAGAUGGCAAACACCAUCACAUUGACAUCUAUAAUGAUGGCACCUGCUCUCUAGUAGUGACAGCUGCCACAACCAAAGACACGGGUGUAUACACUUGUGAAGUAACCAAUAAGUUUGGUGUUUCCACCCAUAGUGGCAAAGUCACUGUAGGGACCCUCCGGGAAUCUUCUGGGCGACGUCCUCUCACUUUGGGCUACAGUGCAGAUAGUGAAGCUGAGAGCUCCUCAGGGAGUGAGAUGGAUGAGACUUUACGCCAAGCAAGUAAACGACUGCGGCGACUUCUUCGUACUCGCCUCCCUCCAGAUGUGGAAGAGGAACCAUUUGUAAGUGCGGAUGAAGGAGAUUUACCUCUAACAGGGCUACAGUCUUACCGGGAAGACGAUCAGUAUAUCUACAUCCGAUUUGAUAACCGAUCAGAAGCUCAAGUAGCUUCUCAGCGCUUCCAGGAAAUGUUUACUUAUCAAGGAGUUCCCAUCGAAACGGCCAUCAUAGCAGCAGCUGGUUCUAAGGUAGAGCUGCGUAUCACAAAGAUGGGUCUCUCCCAAGAUGGCUCCCAAACCCCAACUCAGGAGCGACCGAUGCCUGCUUUCAUGACAGGAGCCCCUGCGGCCCCCGUCUUCCUGACGGAGGUCCGUAGCCAAGAUGUUCCUGAUGGGUUUCCAGUCAGUUUUGACUGUGUAAUUGUCGGCAACCCCUCUCCCACUGUGAGAUGGUUCAAGGAUGGAAAGAUGUUAGAGGAAAACGACCACUACAUGAUCAAUGAAGACCAGGAAGGCCAUCACCAGUUGAUCAUCACAGCUGUGCUCCCCACAGACAUGGGCGUGUACCGAUGCAUGGCUGAAAAUGACAGUGGCAUCGCCUCCAGCAAGGCUGAGCUGAGGGUGGACAUGUCUUGCAGCUCAGACUAUGACACAGCAGCUGAUGCCACAGAGACAUCUUCCUACGUCAGUGCUAAAGGUUAUGUGUCUAGCUCGGAGCACAGGGACACGGAGGCUUUUGAGUCUGUGGCAGAGGAUGAGCAGCUUCCUCAGGUUGUGGAUGAGUUACAUGAUUUAUUCCUCAGUCCUGGAGCACCCAUUGCCAAAAUGAGUGUCAGGGUCAAAGGAUUUCCCACACCAAGGGUUUACUGGUUCAAAGAUGGCACCCCACUCCAAGCCUCCAGCAGAAUUGUACUGUCGACUGAGCGAGAUCAGCACAGUCUGGAGAUUUUGGAUGUUAAGCGCGAGGACACCGGAGAAUACUCAGCAUACAUUAGCAAUAUAGCUGGUUCUGCCUACUCUUCAGCACGACUGAAUGUACUGGCUCCUGGAGAGCGCCCAGCACCUGAUCAGGCACGAAUUAGAGAUUCAAAGGUGUCACUUGUGCCACCACGCUUCCUGGAGAGGUUCAGCAACAAGAAGGUGAAACAGGGAGCAAGUAUAACGCUGUCAGUCAAAGUGGAAGGCUCCCCAACCCCAUCUGUAAACUGGUUAAAGGAAGUGUCAGAUAAGGAUGUUCUGUGGAUCAAGGCAGACACACCAGGUUACAAGGUGGCCAGCUCUGGCCGUCAACAUAGUCUCAUUCUCAUGGAAGUGGAAAAAAAACAUGGCGGCAUGUACACUUGCAUCGCCACCAACCGUGCUGGACAGUCAGUCAACACAGCCCGACUGGAUGUGGAGACAGCACCAGAGCAGAAGAAAGUGGGGCCUGAGGUUCUGGGAAUUACUAUCAGUCCACCAGAGGAAGAGGGCAGAGGAGAGAUCAAACUGUCUUCCCUGGGUGGAGUGGGUACUGAGGAAUUCUUACAAAAACUCACAACCCAAAUCACAGAAAUGGUAUCUGCCAGGAUUACUCAAGCUACAUUACGUGUCCCAGGAGCUGACAGCGAUGAUGACACAAAAACACCAUCCCCAUCUCCAUAUCACGGCCGAUCACGCCCUCCAUCUCUGAUCGCAGACUCAUCGUCUGAGUCUGAUGAAGGAGACGCCAGGGGAGAGAUGUUUGAUAUCUAUGUGGUGACCGCUGACUACAACCCCAUGGGGGUCAAUAAAGAUGCCAUCGCUCUGAAAGAGGGCCAGUAUGUGGAGGUUCUGGACUCUGCCCAUCCACUUAAAUGGCUGGUCCGCACCAAGCCCACCAAAUCCAACCCAUCUCGCCAAGGAUGGGUCUCACCUGCGUAUCUUGACAAAAGACUAAAGCUGUCUGCAGAUGUAGCAGACCUCCCCGAAACCACCAGAGAAGAAGUCACAGAGACAGAGUACAAGAAGAAACUCUGUCAACUUAUCCAAGAGCUGAUCAGCACAGAAACUGAGUUUCUGAAGGAGAUAGAAUUCGUCACGUCACACCAUCUGAAGCAUGUGAAUGAGGAAAGCACACCGCCUGAAAUCACCAGCCAGAAGGAAACCGUCUUCCGUAAUAUCAAUGAUUUGAAAUCCUUCCACAGCAGCUCUUUGCUGCCUGGUCUGCGUGAUUGUGACACAGAUGAUGACAUUGCCAUGCAUUUCCUGAGAAACUCUGAAGGGUUUGAGAAAUAUCUGCAGUACCUCAUUGGACAAUCGCAAGCUGAGUCCGUCAUCAGUGAGAAAGAAGUACACCAAUUUUUCAAGAAUUAUACAGUCUCGGAGCUGGCAAAUGUUGACCCCUCAGAGGGUCCAGUGCUAAGCAUCAAUGCUUACCUUCAGAGACCAUCGGAGAGAAUUCAGAAGUACAGAGCUUUACUGAAGGAAUUGAUCCGGAACAAGGCGAGGAACGGUCAGAACUGCUGUUUGUUGGAGCAGGCCUAUGCCAUGGUGUCGUCCCUUUCUCAACGCUCGGAAAACACACACCAUGUAUCUCUCAUAGAGAACUACCCCGCCAAUCUGGAGGCACUGGGAGAACCUAUUAGACAGGGGCCUUUCACUGUUUGGGAAGGAGCUCCUGGAAUUCGAACAUCUUCCAGAGGUCACCACCGCCACGUCUUCCUCUUCAAAAACCAUGUGGUCAUCUGCAAACAGAAGAGAGACACAAACACAGACACCCAAGCAUAUGUGUUCAAGAAUAUGAUGAAGCUCACAAACAUUGAUGUGAAUGAGACGGUGGAGGGUGAUGAGAGAGCGUUUGAGAUCUGGCAUGAGCGCGAGGACUCCGUGAGAAAAUACACGUUGCAGGCACGGACUGUUAUCAUUAAGAACUCAUGGCUCCGCGACCUCCGUGACCUUCAGCAGCGCUACAGCAUGCCAGCUUGGUGCCCUCCAGAUUUCGACGCAGUGUUGACAGACUGCACAGCAGAGCUCGGACAGACAGUAAAACUCGCCUGCAAGGUCACCGGUGCCCCCAAACCACAGGUGACCUGGUACAAAGACGGGCGUGCCGUGGAAGCAGAUCCACAUCACAUCAUCAUUGAGGACCCAGACGGGUCUUGCACACUCAUUUUGGACAACAUGACAGCGGACGACUCAGGCCAGUACAUGUGCUUUGCUACCAGCUCUGCAGGCAACGCAAGCACACUAGGCAAAAUCACUGUACAGGUACCACCACGUUUUGUGAAUAAAAUCCGGAACGCCACACUUUAUCCAGGAGAAGAUGCUCAGUUCACCUGCACCAUCCAAAGUGCACCAAGUCCCAAGAUAAGAUGGUUUAAGGAUGGUAAACUACUGACAGACCUGGAGAAGUUCCAGACAUACACCGAACCACGCAGUGGAGUGUUGGUUCUAGUUAUCAAGAACCCUGGAGAACGAGACCUUGGACACUAUGAGUGUGAACUGUCGAACCGUCUGGGCAGUGCCAGGUGUGCGGCACAGCUGAUCACUCCUGCUGUGGCUAUGGCGGGAGAACGUAGAGCAGAUCAGGCCAUCAGUAUAGAAGUAACGGAACAAGAGACGAAAAUACCGAAGAAAACUAUAAUCAUUGAGGAGACCAUCACCACAGUGGUGAAGAACACCCGUAUGAAGCGGCACGCAUCCCCACGACCAUCGCCCAUGGGAGCUCACCGCUCAGAGACAUCCACACCCGAACCACCUAGACAAAGACGAACCCUGGCCAGGAAGACUGUUCCAACACUGUACGUUCCUGAGCCGGAGGGUGCCACAGCCAGGAACCCAAGAUGGGUAGAAGUUGAGGAGAUCAUAGAGUACAAAGUGAACAAAUCACCUAAGUUACCAAGAAGAAGAGGCGUUUCCCCCAGCAAGUUCUCAACCCCUGGCAAUCCGAACACUAAUAACUCCAACAACAAGUUAGUUGAGGAGGCAAUGGGUGCUACAAUAGCUCUGCAAGCUUCUUCCAGUACGGAUGAAGAGGAAACUGCACAGAAUGUGUCUGAAGGGGUCGACAGUAUGACAGCAUUAGAAGUUAAUGAUCCUUGUGUCUUCGAUGAAGAUGAUGAAGGAACUAUCAUCGUGGAGCCUGAAGAUGAUGAACUUGAUGCUCGAGAUUGCAAAAUGCUGACUGAUGGGAAUCGAGUUCUUAAUCUUGAGGAUCUCGAGGACUACGUCCCUCAAGAAGGCGAAACGUUUGGCAGCGGUGCAGACCAUCACGUCUCCGUCGAGAAACCAAGUGAGAUCUCAGUAUUGCAGAGAGAAAUUAAUGAGCCAGUUAUUGGCAAGCCCAUCGUGUUGAACGUCGUACGUCCAGCACCGGCAAGACCUCGCAUGGGCUUCUUCGGCUCCUUCAAGGAACACAUUUCCAGCAUGUUCAGUCCAGCUUCAUCAGCGAGCGCAAGCUCUCAGGCAAGGCUAGAGAAGACCAUACCUAUUCACGUGACUACUGGUUCACGCCAUACCAGUAGCUUUGCAAGGUUUGAAGUCCAGCCGACGUACUGCUCCGAGGUCCAGAGAGGAAAAGAGGGGGGUCUGCAAAGCUUCAAAACGCAGGUUUCCGCUCAAACCCGCAGCUACACGCCAACCGGACAAGUCACUCUUCAGAUCAGCAAGAAGCAGCCAUUUGAAAAGCAAUAAUCCACUCAGGAUAAAUUCUCGGAUGCUUGUUUCCAGCAUGCAAAAUCAGGACAUACAAGUAGCCCUAGUCUUAAAUGGGAACGCUUCUGUAAAAUCUUGCAAUUUGGGUGUGUAAUUCAAUCGUGAAGCUUCUGCUAACAGCAGAUCAUUCCAUGUUGAGGCAAAGGAUUCACUUGCCAACCUUUGUAUCCUACUGUACCUAAUGAAGACUUUCUAAUUAUUUGAGUUCCCGUGAGCGAAUGUGCAGCUGUGCUUCGAAACGGCAAGUCUGAUACAACAUAAAUGUGCAAAUAUGGACAGUAAAACUGUCUUUCGAAAAGCAGGAGUGUUCAAUCCUGGUCCUGGAGGACCAAUGUCAAGUUUAUCUUCAACCAGAUUCAACAGAAUUGCUUGGAAGUUUCUAGUAGGACCUUAAUUACCUGGUUCAGGUGUGUUUAGUUAGGGUUGGAGCUAAACUCUGCAGGACAAGUGUCCCUCCAGGAACAGUUUUGGACACCUUUGGUCUAGACCUCUGGUUCCUUGAGGUCCACUUUUAGCUCCAACCUUGAUCAACCUUUCUUGAGCUCACAUUUCUGCAACUUUCUAUGUAUCCUAAAGAUCUUGAUUAGCUUGUUCAAGUGUGUUUAAUUAGGGUAGUCCCUUGAUCUAAAGCAGAGAUUCUCAAUUCUAGCCUUCAAGGUCAACUUUUAGCUCCAAGCUUGAUUGAACUCCUCUUUCUGUAACUUUCUACUGAUCCCAAAGACCUUGAUUAGCUUGUUCAAGUGUGUUUAAUUAGGGUUAAAGCUAAACUCAGCUGGAUAAGUGGCCCUUGAGGAAUAGGUUUGGAUACCUUUGGUCUGAAG